CAGCAUCCAUCCAGCCAAGCCAGUCGACCGGUCGGCCAAUCAGCCAAUCGGGCGUCACGCGAGUCGACCGGUGCUCGAGGUGGAGUGCUCGGUGUCUGCCAGUCAGUGCUCGGCCAGCGUUCCUCGAGCGUGUAUUGUCGCUCGUGACGCUUGUCCUCUGCGCCUUCCUCGGUACGCCUCGUCGCAUUUGGCGUGGUGGGCCGAUCUCGCUCGUGCGCGAACCGUUUCGUUGAUUCCUGUUGCGUUAAUCGGUCACGCCAAGAGUGGAAAUAAAAUGAGAGACUGGUGGACAGAGAACGGGACAUUCCUCCUCGUUUCUUUCGAUCGAAGCAUCCCCGAAGAAGAGCCUGAAGAAUCUUCAAAGAACUGCUGAAACACCAGUCGUGUACACUCGUUAGAAUUAUAUUACUAUCGAAGGUUCAAGUGUUCGAGGAACGAACCGAGUGUGUUUGUGACUUUACGAUGAAAGAAACGAGUCUGUCAGUGGAUUAAAGCGCCCUAUAAAUCCGUCUAGAAGCAACACCAUGGCGCCCCCAGACAGGCACAGAUCAGCGAGGCCAGGCUCCGGGCUCAGCCUCUCCGUGCUCGAUCUGGCCCAGAUCCGAGCGCUGGUGGAGUCCACGGGGAUGCUGGGUGGUUCAACCUGUCCAUCCUGCGAGAUGCCGUUCGACAAGGGGAAGAAACGUCGACUGAUCGACUCUUGCGGGCACGAACGUUGCUAUUCCUGCUUGUUCCGCAGCGAGGCUUGUCCGCUUUGCCUUCGAGCGGACUUCAACGACGACGACUGUUUGGAGGGACCCUUCAGGGAGGGGUUCACCGGCUCCUCCGGGCCCAUGUCCAUCCUCGCGCCCACGGAUGGCUGGAUCGAUGAGUCAUCAACGGUGAACUCUCUAUGCGGCAGCCCCAGACCGCGUACGAAAGUCACCACGAGAGCCAAUCUUCCUUCGAGAGUCAUGCACCAAAGAGACACGGACGAAUGUGUCUCUUUCAUGGCGAUGGCCAAGGGUUUGAAGAAUAAGCCACCGGCGCUUCCGGAGUCCUCGUCGUCGCAGGGUCGACAGAAGCUUCAGAUGAUGACACAGAGUUGUCCAACGCCACCGAAUCAAAGGAAGAGAUUCUUCCUGAACCCGAAGGUCCUCAGGAGCUCGUUCGUUCCCCAAAGAUCGUCGAGACGAGGAGCAUCCUCUCCAGAGCCAGUCGCGAACGACAAUCCCUCCGCCCUGUCAGCAUGGAUGGCCACUUCUUGGGAGGGGAAAUCUCGAUGGCCGGGUGUAGUGCUCGGGAAAAUCAAAUCGUUGUGGAGCAACAGUCAAGGGACGGCGAACGAUGGGUUGAACCAGCUCAUCGACCCGAGGAACAAAGUCACAGACGAUGAAGGAGGUUACGUGAAGCCUUUGUCCUCGAAGACGAGGAAGUCGUCUCAAUCCGACCUUCACAUGAGGCUGGGCCUUCUUCUUGGAUCAAAUCACACCCGAGCGAGCAGCAAUGUAGACACGACCGAUCUACCUGGUACUUCGAAUCGUUCCAGUGCAGGUGCAUGCCAAUCUAGAGUGCCAAUCCAAGGUCACGAUAGUUCAGCAGCCUCGUUCAGCAGUCUGACCAGCUUCGAGACUCAAACUCUGGCAUCGACGAACACCAGUCCAGUGUCCACGUUGACUGGAACGUCGAGCGAAGCUGAAGCUGCCGCAGCUUCGCGGUGCCCGAUCAAACCAAAAUCGAAGGUGAAAGGGAAGAGCAAGUCCAGAGACUGUGAUAGCGCUGGAAGCUUGGCUUCCAUCUCCACGUCGGUUUCUGCGUCUACGUCUAUGUCGAUGUCGAUGUCCGUUUCCGUUUCGGGCUUGUCGAACGGCAGCACGAGCCCUCUUACUCCUAGAAGACAUUCCGUGAACGCCUCGCAGCCUGGCCAGAGCGACGAGCUCGGCCAAUUUAAAAAUAGACGGUCCUGCGCCAGGAGAUCGGCCAGAGCUGGGAACAUUAAAGGAGCCGUAGAUACGAAAUUACGCUUUAUACAACACCACGCAACGCAGUUGACCCUGAAGCCCCUAUUCUUCGAAGUACCUCUACUAGAAGCCGAUCCACUGUUCACUGGUCGCCAGUGGCUACUGCAGGAACUAGAAUCGGUGGUGAACGGCUCCAGUCCCGGAGUUUUGAUCUCUGGAUCUCCUGGAACAGGAAAGACUGCAUUGGUUCUGCAGUUGGUAGAACGUAGUUGUUUCGGAAGAAGACGGGAGCAGUCUCUCCCCUCGGAGAUUAGCGAAGAAACUGACGAAAAAGAGAAAACUGGAUGCACCCCGGCUUUACAUGCUAGCAUUCGUUACACUAAUGAGAAGGUUCGAGAAUUAGCGUCCCACGUAGUAGCGUAUCACUUUUGUCAGGCGGAUAAUAACAGUACCUGUUUGGUACCAGAUCUGAUUCACUCCUUGGCUGCGCAAUUAUGUCAAGCUCCUCAGCUCAUAUCCUAUAGGGAAUAUUUGCUCUCUGAGCCCCAUAUACAGGGGUCCUUGUCGCAAAGAGAGUGCACUGUCGAUCCAGAUCUCGCGCUGUCAAGGGGUAUUAUCGAACCUCUGUCAACGUUAAAGAAAACUAACAGAUUGCCUGACAUCAAUAUGGUGAUAUUAAUCGACGCCGUCUGCGAAGCCGAAUACCACAGACCAGACCGAGGCGACACCAUAGCCUCUUUCCUAACAAGGCACGCUCCCAAUUUCCCUAGCUGGUUAAAAAUCGUCUGCACAGUAAGGACGCACUUGCUAGAGUGUGCGAAACAGCUACCUUAUACCAGAGUGUCCCUGGACAGAGCUCCGAACGAUAACACUUGCAAUAACGUGACCAGGGAUCUGUCGGAUUACAUUGGAUAUCGAUUAGCUCAGAGUCCCGCGAUUCAAACGAACGUGACGGCGUCGGUAAACGGAAAGGCGGAAUCAUCGUGCAGCGCGAAUCAAAUGAGAUUUGCCUCGCACCUACUCGCGUUAGCUAGAGGCAGUUUCCUCUUCGCGAAGCUGACGCUUGAUCUUAUUGAGAGUGGUCACUUGGUGGCUAAAUCUGCCAGCUACAAGGUACUGCCAGUUUCUCUAGCGCAGAUUUUCCAACUGCACUUUAACCUCAGGUUCCCAACAACGACGUCCUUCGACAAGGUUCAACCCCUGUUAGCCGUCUGCUUGGCCGCUCUGUAUCCUCUCACCUUGCCAGAGAUCUUCUAUUCGGUGAACUCUCUGAACACGAAUCACUUCGUCUCAUGGGAGGAUUUUCUGCAGAGAUUCAAAAUGCUCUCUGGAUUUCUCGUGAAACGUCUGGACAACACAUACAUGUUCUUCCAUCCGUCGUUCAGGGAGUGGUUGAUCAGGAGGGACGAGGGCGAAUCGACCAAAUUCCUCUGCGACCUGAGGCUCGGUCACGCAGCUAUCGCGUACAGACUAUCUCGUCUUCAGGCACCGUUAGACGGUGAUAAAGCCCUCGAACUGGGUCAUCACAUACUCAAGGCGCACGUUUACAGAAGCGUUGCCCCGUGUUGGCCCUCGCGCGAUCUACAGGCCAUCUGGUUGGCAUCGUCCACGGAAUGUGUUUCUUCGGCGUUGUGCACGCUGAGGAAUAUCUACAGCCCGAAUGUCAAGGUGUCGAGGUUGCUUUUGCUGGCAGGAGCAUCUCCGAAUCACGUCACCGAGUACCUGGGCAACGCACCAGCCCUUUGCAUGUACGCCCACGAGGGCUCGGUGGAAAUGGUCUCGCUGUUGUUGGAGUUCGGCGCUGACGUUGAACUGACGAAUAGUCAGGGGUACACGGCGCUCUCGUUGGCGGCCGCUCGUGGCCAUUGCGACGUCGUCAGAAGAUUAGCCGCUGCUGGAGCUUCACUGGGCCACACAGACAUGGCUGGACAGUGUCCAUUGGUUCACGCGGCGAGAUACGGAAGAUUAUCGGUGGUCGGUUAUCUCUUAGCUUGCGACUGGUUAGUUCCAACCAACGUAAGCGAAACGGAAGGAUCUCAGGAAAUUGGCAGAGAAGAAGCUGCUCAGCAGGCUGUGGUCGCUGCAGCGGCUCAAGGCCACGAGAACAUCGUCGAAUAUCUGCUAGAUAUGGCCGAAGUGAUCGUCGAUCGUCCUGACACUUUGAUAGGCGAGACUGCCUUGACUAUUGCCGCUGCGAACGGUUCUACCGCCACUGUUUCGGCGUUAUUGGCCCGAGGUGCGAGUCCAACCGCCGUGAACGCGAAAGGAUUAUCUCCAUUAAUGUUGGCUGCUAGAGAAGGACACUGGGGUACAGCUGAAAGACUCUUGCAGGGAACGCUAUCAAGCAGCACGGAUACCGAUCUGGACGACGCAGCAUCUCUCUUGGAUCAACGAGAUCCAGUUGGUCGCACCGCGUUAAUGUUGGCUGCCUCGGAAGGCCAUACAAAUUUAAUCGAACUGUUCUUGGAUAAAAGAUCUGUGUUAGAAAGUAGGGAUAAGGAAGGCCUAACUGCUCUGUGCUGGGCCUGCGUAAGGGGAAGAUUGGUCGCUGUACAAAAUCUCAUCGACCAUGGCGCUGAUGUCAAUACUAAUGAUAAUACUGGAAGAACUCCUCUGGACUUGGCUGCCUUCCAGGGCAAUCCGAAGCUGGUGCAAUUGUUACUCGAGAAAGGAGCAGCGGUGGAGCAUGUCGAUCUCCACGGAAUGCGACCUUUGGACCGAGCGAUCGGAUGUCGAAACAUACCGGUGGUGCAGUGUUUCCUGCGCCGCGGAGCAAAAUUGGGCCCCGCCACUUGGGCAAUGGCCGCUGGGAAGCCGGACGUUCUGUUGAUCUUGUUGAACAAACUGCUGGAGGAUGGAAACGUGCUCUAUCGGAAGAACAGGCUGAAAGAGGCGUCGCACAGAUACGCGUACGCUCUUCGAAAGUUCCCAGCGUCGCCUGAAGAAGACUGCCAGGGGCAGGAGCAGGGUCACAUGAUGCUGCAACUGCAGACGUUUGCGCAACUCCGGCUGAAUUUCUUGCUCAAUCUCAGUCGAUGCAAGCGCAAGAUGAACGAAUGCGCGGAAGCAAUCGAACUCGCCGACGAGGCUCUGAAAGUUCGUCCAGUAUCGUACGAAGCAUUUUACGCGAGGGCAAAGGCACGGGUCGAUUCGGAUCUGUUGGAGGACGCGUUGUCGGACGUUCAAGAGGCAUUGCAGAUCGCACCGCCGCAAAAUCGACAGGACCGACGUGUUCUUACCGCAUUGAGAGAAGAAAUAGCCGCCAGAUUGGACGGUGCAGGGACCAGCAAAGGAUCGAUCGAUUCUACCAGCAGAUCUCGUCUUCGAGCCUCGGUCGAUACUCUUACAGAAUUGUAACUGUCGUUACUAUCUCUGUCGUAGAAGACUGUCGAUUCGUUGAAACAAAUACUCUUUUUUAUUAGAAGAACGACCAUGGCGUAAGCUCGAGAGCUUUGCACGCGUAUUUAAGUUACGAGUUGAUUUUUCCUUUAGCUAAACUCGCGAUUCCUCGAACAUUUCUCUAGAUUUUGGAUUUUUAUGCAUUUGUAGGAAAUUUUUAAAUAAAAAAAAAAAUUGCGUGUAAUGUCAAAAAAAGAAAAUGUAUAGGUGUGUUCUAUAGUAUUUGGUAACACAAUUCUCUACCAAGAUUCUGUUUCUUUAAUUGUAUUCGCGAAAAGUGAAAAUUUGCAUAAAAAUCCGCAGUCUGACGACGACCGUCGUGGUUUAAGAUUUGCUUUCGAAAUAUUUGGAAGCAAUAAGGUAAUUGAAGUAUCUCCAUCUUUUAUCUGUUUUUGUUUUUAAUUUAACGACUCGUUGCGUACGUUAUACGUACUCGAAUAAAUAUUCCUUCACUUUUGCGUUUCCUUGGUUAAUUUUGAAAAUCAACAAGGAUAUAUAAAAUUUUCUACUUUCCUUUUUUCUCUCUCUGUGCAAUUGUAUUGCAUGACCGUGUUAACGUUUCUGUACGACGUUCAAAUUCGAUUUCGAAUCGAAUGCAGAGUUUAAUAUAUAUACAUUUUUUUACAUAUAUAUAUAUAAAUAUUUGUAUUAUAUCACGCGUAUGAGAAAUUGGUUUUUAGUGUCGUUGUAAUUUAAAUGAAAGUUAUUUAAUUGUUCCCUCCUUUCUGUUCAUUUCAGUAUUCUUUCUUUUUAAUAUGCUAUGUCAAAAAAAAAAAGGAAAAAAGCGCACGUAAAAAAAAAAAGAAAAAGAAAAGAAAGAAAAGAAACGUAUACGUAAAAAAAAAAAAAGAAACGCGUCCGUAAAAAGAGAAUUCUAUUAUUCCAGCGUUUUAAAUAUGUUGUUUAGCCAACAGAUUGAAAAUGGCUGUCCUAUUUCCACGCGUGUGGAAAACGACACGCGCAACGAUCUCGCCGACGUAUUUAUAACGCACUCGCUUGCCAAGCAUUUAAUUACACCUAUUCCUCUGUAACACAUUGCGAUCAGAUCGCGAGAUCGAUCGUAUCCGAAUUUACAUUAAUUUACGAAGCCAGCAGCACUGUUGCAUGGACUUGAGACUACGAUAUUAUUUAUCUCUGCGUUGGAGCACAGAGGUUCGAAAUAAACGAACUUUUUAUUGAAAAA